AUGGCGGACACCAGCCUGCCUCUGUACCAUCGCCCGUCUGAUCCACUAUCUGGUUGGGCACCGACCUGGAGCCCGGAGGAAGGGGCGGCACCACUGUGUGCCUACCGAGUGAUUGAGGGAGGCAUUGGGGGGCAGCUGUGUUUUCGACACACACUGUUUGGGUACAAGUGUCGUAAGGGAGACUGCAGGACAGUGGUGUCAUUGGGGAAUCUGGUGGCAAAUAUUCUUUCCAAUGGCAGCGUACUGUUACAGUGGACCCGUGAGGGUGAUGGCCGACGCCACAGGCGGGGAGGCUACGAGUUAAGCUGCUGGUGGAAUGGAAGCUACACUCAGUUUGAGUGUGCUGGUGUCCAUCUUGGGUCCAGCUGCAGGGACUUCCUCCUGACUGAGCUGCAUGAGAACAUCCCCUACCGCAUCUGCCUGCGAAACCUGGUCCGCUCCAAUGCAGCUCCAAAGGCAGACCAGCGGGAAUGUGUUGAGUUUACCCUGCCGCCGUCUGGGAUGCAGGACAUUGUGAUCGCCAUGACAACGGUUGGGGGAGCUAUUUGCGUGAUGCUGGUCAUCAUCUGCUUGCUGGUGGCAUACAUCACAGAAAACAUCAUGAGCCCCACGACACAGCACACAUACUCCUACCGCACCCACUCACGUCACUGA